AUGUCAGGGAUUGUCAAGUUCUUCCAUGUGUACGUGCACUGCAGCGUUAAGGAUCGCCUUGUCGUACCUGGAGCGGAACUUAAGCUCGUCUCACUCGCCUGGCCUGGGUGUUUGUCGCCUCAGAUCCAGGUUGCUUGUGAUCUGCCGCAGAUCCCGCUUCUUGAGUAUGAGCGAUGUGGCGAUGGUACGUUGGUUCAGGUCACAGUGCUGGAGCCUUACAAAACAGUCAACCGACCGAAAGAAGAAGAUAAAGGAUCACGACCUACCCUAAACCACCCUGUCUGUUCUGGACAAAAGCCCGGUAAAGUCAAGGCAUCGAUCCAGCAGGCAGCUGUUGCACGCCCAACGGCCGUCGUUGUUCCAUCCCAGUGCAAUGGGACUGGUGCAGACGCCAAUAGCACGAGGUUCAACGAAACCGACACAAACUCUGACGAGGAGCAAGAAGAAUCAGACGAGGAAAACUCCAAAGACGGACUACAGCAACCUGAGCCACAUCGAUGCUCCUCUACUUGGAAGCCCACGGCCCGAUCGAGGCGCAAUCGUGGCUCACCAUCAAGCGAAGCUGAGGUUGUCAGUCCCGUUCGUGGCAAGGUCCAUGUCUCACAGGUUUUACGUCAGACGCAGAAGGACUACAAAGUCAAGAAGAAAGCUAUGAGGCAGCGUCACAAGCUUCGAGUUGAUGAACUUAAGAGCAAAGUAAAGAGACUCACCUGGCUAUUGCGCGAGUCGGGUACCGACGGCGCGCAGUUUGACAAGAUGAUCACCCGUAUGGACCCGGGCAGCGAUGCUGCACAGGCAUGCAAGGCUGUAAAGACGCGGGACCGACGGCAGCAGAAGAAAGCCGUUGAACAGAGCACUGGUUCCAGCACCUUGACCAAGAAGAAGGCGAAGGGUGCUGCACGUGGAUAG